UGUUUGUGUGGAGGGGGGGUGGCGGCGGCUCAAGGCCAUUGGAUUUCAAGGUCGAUCGCUGAGAACAAAGGGAGGUUGUGUAUGUUGUUUGUGUGUGAUCAAAUUGUUUGUGUUUUUCUGGGGUGCCGCCUCAAGGUCAAACGUGUUGCAAUUUAAAUAUAGAUAUUAGAAGAUGUUAGCUUGAAAUGUGGUUAGUGUUAAGGGGGAAUAUGCGGCGAACGGCUGUUGAAUGCCUUCAUCAAACCUUAUUGGUAUUGCUAUCUGAUGCUGAGCAUGAGGCGGUCUAUGGACCUGAGACUUUUAGGGAACAGUGUCAAAACAUUGUCCAAACGUAUGAGUUGGGGAUUGAACUAUGUAGACUCUUUUUAAAUUACAAAAUAUGCGUUGAUUGCCUUAUAAACGGACUGAACGAGACUCAGUUGGGUGAAUACAUAAUAUGGUGAUGAAGAAAGUUACAUUUGACGAUAGUAACAAUCGCGUGUAUGUACUGAUCGCGUGGUCCUUUGCAUAUAGUGCGGCACGAAAAGGGCCUUGGGAAACUAUGGCCUUGGAUAGAUUUCGCUUUAGUACAAAAAUAGAGCAAUUUUGUAAGAUAUUGUCUCCCGUCUUAGCAGAAAAUCAUCGUUUAUCAGUUUAUCUGACUAGAUUUCAAGGUCACCAGAACUCAAUGUAAUGGUAUAUCGCACUAGAUUUCAAGGUCACCAGACAGUAAUGUUUAUCGCAUUAAAUUUCAAGGUCAACAGACAGCAAUAUAAUGGUGGUAGAAACGGUGAAUGGAAUCAGUCGAAUAGUGUUCGCUAAUCAGUUAAAAUGGAUCUUAAUCAACUCAACAGUAGCACCUACUGCAAACCUUUCAAGAACGUCAAGGAUAUGAAGGUCGGUGAAAAGUAUAAAGUGAUUGGUAUCGACCUAAUCAAUACCAAAUAUGGCGACCGAAUACUGAUCGAUACUGAGAACUUUAAGUGCAUCCUUCCUUUGCGCUUUUAUGACUACUUCAAGAGCGACAACCGUCUGCAGAUCUUCAAGGACACCUUGUCCAGGGAAGAAGUGUUUAUAACAAGCGCCGGAACGGCGGGGAAGACUACUAAUUUAACAUUUAUGUAAAAAAGUUGUAAAUGAGAUAGAGAGAAAUAAUAAAAUGUUGUUGAUGAGAGAGAGAAAUUGUGUCUCUUAUUUAAAUGCAUAUCCACCCUUAGAAACACUUUAGUUGUUCUGUGAUCGUGGGGUCGAGAUCAUCUCAACGAAAAAAAGCUCCAAAAUGGAUACAAUCAGUUGUACUAAUAAUUAUUUCUCGUGCUCGUGCUGGUGCUGUAAUAACAACAAAGACACUAGUGAUGAUUCUAUCACCCAGUUUGCUGAAAAUGUGCAUAGUAAAGCUGCCGACGAACGUUUAAUCGAUUGCUCAUCAUAUGACCUCUACGAUGGUGAAAGCAAUUCGAAGAAAUAUAUUGAAAUUGGCUACAGUACGCAUCUUAAUUUGGCCCCAGUUUUACGAAUUGUGCACUCUCCAUUAAAUGCGAUAGUGAUGGUGAAAGAAGAUUGGGAAAUGCUUCUAAAGCACCAAACAUAUCUCGAGAUGAAGUUCUUUAGAUCUCAAGAGCUCGAAAAUUGGAUCGACUGGUCCAAUGUUAAGGAAGAAGAUAUUGAGCACGACAAAAGUUCUGAAUCGCUUAACGCAAAUUUUACUAUUCAUUAUAACAGGAAAUUUGUGCGGGAUCCCACGACGACUGAGAAAAUAUUAGAGAGCGUAACAAUACAACGUGAUAAGCUGCAUUAUUGCACGAUGAGUAAGUACGUCGUUGAAGAAUUGUUUAAUCUAAAAGAUAUAAUCAACUAUCGUUUGGAUUUACUGGAAUCGUACGCUCUGUCCUGUUUCUAUCAGGAUGUUAUCGAACAGGUGAUUAACUACCGUCAUUUUCGUAAAAUGGAGUUUGGUAACGAGGACGAGGGCGACGAUGACAACAUCUAUCGCGAUAUUGAAGACGUAUUAAACUAUAAGUUUAACGUCAAUUCUCAUAAUACAGUUUGCAUGAUGGAAUUAUUAUACUAUCGACCUACUUAUUUUAUGUAUCACAUAUGUCAAUAAACGUACUUUAUUUGAGCAUUUUUGUUUUAUUUGAUGGAUGGAUUUCCUAUAAAUAUGGCAACUUAUUGCCGCAAUUCAACAAUGUUGAAUCGGAAGCGGAAGUGUACGGAUGGGAGUGGCUUGGUUAAUAAUCUCAUAAACAAACUUCCAGUGGAACUACAUAUUCCUGGCUAUCAGUAUUGCGGACCUGGUACUAAAUUAGAUAAAAGGCUAAAGCGAGGCGAUCCCGGCAUAAAUCCCCUAGACGCUCAGUGUAAAGAGCACGACAUUGGCUAUAGAGAUAACCAAGACUUGGAAGGUCGACAUCAAGCAGAUCGCCUUUUAGAGCGGAAAGCUUGGGAACGAUUAAAAGCUCCCGACGCGAAGUUAGGAGAACGAGCAGCCGCUCUUACGGUAGGUACCAUUAUGAAGGUGAAAAGAAAGUUGGGGAUGGGCGUUAAGGGGAAGAAGAAGAAGAGCAGUAGUUUAUUGAAUUUGCGUAGGACAAUAGCCAGGAAAAUGAGGAAAAGCGGCAACACCGCUGACAUAAUAAAGUCGGCUGUUACGGCUGCAAAUAUGACCGUAAAAAGUUUAGGUGGUAAGAAAAAUGUAAGUGUGCCUAGAAUAAUUCCCAUACCAAAACAGGGUGGGGUUUUACCAUUCCUGAUACCUUUAUUCGCCGGUCUAUCGGCAGUUGGAGCUUUAGCCGGCGGAGCGGCGGGGGUUGCCAAAGCAGUUAAUGCAUCUCGUGACGCUCGUAAAAUGCUAGAUGAAACCUCGCGCCAUAAUCGCACGAUGGAAUCGCUCGCUAUAGGAAAUAAAAGUGGCGGUGUGCUGUUUCUGAAACCUUACAAAUCGGGAGGCAGUUUGGCGCUGCAUUUAAAAAAAAAAAAAACUUCAAAAAAUUGCCAAACCGGCCGUUGACUGAUGUAGAUCUACGUAAGCAUGCAAAGGGGUGUGUACCAUAUUUUAGGGACGUGUUUAUGCGAGAUAAUAUGCCUACGGCCCCAUGGGAAAAUGAAGCUGGCGUUAUUAAUUUAGAUAGUCAAAGGGGGCGUGGCACUCAUUGGGUCUCGUAUAAGAAACGUGGUGGAUGCGUUUGGUACUAUGAUAGCUUCGGUAAUAUUCCACCACCGCGUGAAAUAGUCGAGUAUUUCCGCGACUGUAAAAUCUAUUAUAAUUACGGGCAAGAGCAACAAUUCGGUACGACGAAUUGCGGUCAUCUGUGUUUAAAAUUUUUGUAUAAAUAACUCGAAUGUCGUUGGUGAGCGCGUAGUAGUCAUGUCGACGACGUUCAGUAUAGAGGGCGUUGGAAAUACGGCGAGUCACGAUUUCUAUCCACCUAUUGAACUUCAUCCGGGAAAAAUGUACGUCAUCGGGAUGGUGGGGUUUUACGGCUGUAACAGCAUAAGAAACAUUCACGCGGGAAACGAUAAGUUUUACUAUAAAACUGAGUCAAAUAGCGUAUACUCCAAGGUGAUAACAAUUCCGCACGGUGCGUACGAGUUGGAAGAGAUAAGCGAGUAUAUAAAAGCUCACAUUCCUACAAGUCGCUUUAGUCUACGUGCAAAUAACAAUACGCUCAAGUGUGAACUUAGCUGCGAAUUUGAUAUAGAUUUCACUCAAAGAGACUGCAUAGGACGCAUGCUCGGUUUCGAAUCGAAGAUAUUGGAUGCGAAUGUUCUACAUACCUCUGCUUUAGAUAUACAAAUCAUUAAGCAUACCAACAUUCACAUAGAGUGUAAUCUCAUUACGGGAUCCUAUCGAAACGGAAAUCGCGCUAAAGUCCUUUACGAAAUAGACGUUUCCGUUCCACCAGGUUAUCGCUUAGAUAAAAUUCCCAGUAAUACUCAAUAUUUGGAAGUAAAUACCAGUAGAAUUAGUAAUAUAACUAUAAAAUUGACAAAUCAAAAGGGCGAAUUGAUCGAUUUCGGGGAAAGUGAACCGUUUACGGUGCGAUUAGAGUUAAAAGAAUAUGGGGUUACGUAUUAAUCAAGGUCCGCUGCCAUCCUUCCUGAACACUAUAAAUAAACGAGAUAAGCGGAAAUCGAGUUAUUCUCAAUCGGGACAGGGUCCGGGCACAUUAACGCCAGCAGAAAAAUAUUUCUUGGAAUCCAUUGGUCUGAAAGUACAACAUGGCGGCGGCAGCAGACUCGUUAAACGUCUUUCAAAGCGUACACUUUGACGAGACGAUUGUUAAGUCCGAUAUUCAUACUUAUCUUCCAUAUGGAGGAUCUUCGGAUUACGGUCUUUCCAGUGAAAUACGAAUAUUAAUUCAAAAUCAAGAGCUGAUAACCGCCACAUACGAUAGCUUCUUGUACUUGGAAGGAAAAAUCGAAUGGAGUCAGCCGCAAGAAGAGGGUGCCGCUGCAAAAACAUGCAACCUUACAAACAAUUUCGCGCCAUUCCUUUUCGAAGAAAUUCGCUACGAGUUGGGAGGUCAGAAAGUGGAUGUAUGCAGGAAUCCUGGUAUUACAUCCUCACUGAAGGGAUACGUAUCAUAUACGUCUACUGAAAGCAAAGGUCUUAAACAUUUGGGAUGGUCACCCAUCGAUGAUGGAUCUCUUCAAGUAGACUACGACAAGAGCAACAAGGAGAAGCAUUUCGCUGUUUGUAUUCCGCUAAAGCACAUAUUCGGGAGCAUGGAGGACUAUCGGCAGGUCAUCGUAAACAUGCGGCAAGAAUUAGUAUUAAUUCGUGCUAGAAGCGAUGCCAAUUGCUACAUCGGCACCGCCGCCGAUGCAACAAUAACAUUAACAAAAAUCCAAUGGAAGGUGGCCCACGUGACCCUUAGCGAUAGUGCCAAAAUUGGUCUAUACGAACGAAUCAAUAAAGAUGCAAAAAUUACAAUGCCAUUCCGUCAAUGGGAACUGUACGAAUUGCCCGCUUUAAAACAGGCACAGUCGGAUAUAUGGCCAAUCAAGACUUCAACUCAACUAGAGAAACCGCGAUGGGUAAUUGUAGCAUUUCAACGAAGCGGAAAAAAGUUUUCGCGCGAAGCAAGAGCGGCCAAUUUCGAUAACAUCAAUAUUCGAAAUUUAAAACUUCAUCUCAACUCAGAAAGUUAUCCGUACGAAGCGAUGCAUUUAGAUUUUAAUGUCAAUAAAUACAUCAUGGCAUAUCAAAACUAUGUAAACUUUCGACGUGAUUAUUACUCGAAAGAUGAGCAAGACGCUCUGUUUGACUAUUUGUAUUUUAAAAGUUGUCCGAUCUUUGUGCUGGACUGUUCGAGACAAAACGAGUCUCUGAAGCAUUCAACGGUAGAUGUUAAGCUGGAAAUGGAGUCGUUGGAGGCCUUCGAGGCGGGAACGGUUGCUUAUUGUCUGAUCCUGCACGAUGCGCUAGUUCAAUACAAUCCUCUGACCGGGGAAGUGAAGAAACUAUAAUUUGUACUUUUUCUAUAAAUAAAAUGUAAUGAUAAAAAUGUUCUUAGUCUUAUUUCAACCGCCAAAAAUGAAGGUGGUGAUGCAAAAGCAAAAGCUGCCCAUUCAAAAUCUAGAUACGACGCCAAAUGUGGAGUAUAAAAAAACACACGGCGAGUUACUUCCAAACAGUGUGAGAUGCUUAAUAUGCGGACCGUCUAAUUGCGGUAAAACGAAUACGAUGCUCAGUCUGUUAACUGAACCCAAUGGUCUACGCUUCAAACACGUGUACGUCUAUUCCAAAUCGCUGAAUCAGGACAAAUAUAGGCUUUUGGGUAAAAUUCUUCAGCCGAUGAAGGAUAUUGGCUACUUUACGUUUAGCGAAAACGCUGAUAUUAUGGAACCCAAUGCGGCCAAACCUAAUUCAGUUUUUAUCUUUGACGAUAUCGCAUGUGAAAAACAGGAUAACAUUAGAGCGUACUUUUCAAUGGGCAGGCAUAACGUCAUCGAUUGUUUCUACUUGGGUCAGACGUAUUCUAAAAUUCCUAAACAAUUGAUUAGGGACAAUGCCAACUUAAUUGUUCUAUUUGAACAGGACGACUUGAACUUGCGGCACAUUUAUGAAGAUCACGUUGCUCCCAUAAUAACGAUGCCGUUGUUCCGAGAGAUGUGCUCGGAAAGUUGGCGAAAUCCGUAUGGAUUUAUGGUGAUAAAUAAGGAUGCGGAUGUGCAAAACGGCCGUUUCAGGAAAGGUUUCGAUCACUAUAUAAUACCGUGAAAACGUGUUUGUUAUUCAGUUAGAAAUAAACAGCUAUCAAGUCAACAGCUUUCAAAAUAAACAGCUUUCAAAAUAAACAGCUUUCAAAUAAGAGCUCAUUGAAAAACAGGCUGUUCCCCCUGUUUGUUUACCUGUUCCCUUGAUCGCAUCAUCAUCAUCAUCAUCAUGGAUACUAAAGAGAUGGCCUUGAAACGACGAAUAGUUCAAGCGCGUAAAGCGAUACAGCAAAAGUACAAUCGUCUCAAAGCGGAUCGUUUUAUUAAAGAAGUGGAGUUUGUACGAACGUAUAAACCGUUAAUUCAACCGCUAUCCCAGAUCGUAAAGAAAAUCGAACCGCCGCCGUCAUCAUUGGUUAUUGAUACGAAAAAGGAGGAGCCAGAGGACGAAGUAUUUACAUCGCCCCCUAAAAAACGCCAAUCUCCUGCAAAAAGAAAGUCACCACUACAACGUACGACUCCUGCGAUACCUUAUUACAUGCGAUCGAGACGAAGACCCUCUUCCCUUACCGAGAUCAGUCCGCUGGCUAGACUGCCCUACUUUCAAAAAUAUCCGCCAACCGAUAUGAGUCCGAUGGUUAGUCCUUUUCACCCGACGGCUACUCCAUCAUUGAGACAGCCGCCGUCAUUUCUACAGAGUACAGUGAUAGGAGAGCAUCAACCGGAGGAGGAAGAAGAAGAAUCCUCUGUCGCAUCAUCAUCUGCUUCAUUACUCGAUAUGCAAGGUUCGCAAGCCUUUUUGGAACAAUACAACCACCUACCGCGGAUAUACGUCGAGCGCAUGAUAAGGGAUACGAGUAAUGCAAUUGACACGACUUUUGGAAUUCAUUAUGAUGUCGAAACGGAUAAGUGGACGAUGGGCAGGACGCCGGUGACGAUAAGUGACGAAGAUUUGGUCGUUAACGGGAUCCGGUACAAAGGUACUGCGGGCCUAUACGAACUGAUCAUUAUGAAUGAACCGAAUGAAUCGCUAGUAUCCAAUCAGGAUAGAAAUAACUAUAAGCAGAUAAUAAUAGCAACUCAUGUCGCACGGCGCAAUUACGAUCCCACCGAUCAGAUUCGAGGCAAUAAGAGCAAAAAGUAUAAGCUCAUAAUAAAGCCUCUACUAAAGGAGGAGGAGGAAGAGACGAAGAGGGGGCGUGCGAAAUCCGGAAGCGGUAUAUUCAAGGAACUCGGCCGACCGACCGAAUACAAAUACUGGAAUAGCGUGCAUGAACUGAUUAGGGAUUUAGAGGUUUUAUGGGGUGAAAAAAUGGCUGGUAACACUGGAGUACAAAAUGAUAUAAUAUCAAUCGUGGAAGAGCUGUACGAGGAAGGUUACAUAAAAAAGCCCACGCGACCGUUUUUACGUCAACUAGUAUAAAUACCCCCUUUUCCGUCUUCUUGCCCACAUUCGCCAUGGAUAAAUUCGGACGUUCUCAUACCCACGCUCAAUUUGGGAAACUGCUAAAGACAAAAUUUUCCAUUACCGACGAUACUAUAAAUGUGGAAAAUAAGAGACUAAGUAAUGUUGUGGAUCCUAUUGAACGUCACGAUGCCCUAACGUUGCAACACUACCUAUCAACAAGACUAAAUCUCAACGGAAACCGGUUAAUGAACCUCGCCGAUCCAGUAGACGACCGCGAUGCCAUAAAUAAAGGGUACCUCACACAAUACAUGCAGAUUGCGAAAGCGCCCGUAGACAGUCUUCGCAAUUACGUAGCGGUACUAGAGGAAGAGUUGAAAGCGGUCAAAGAAACUUUACAUAAACUAAUAGAGGAUGCAGCAGGUGGUGAACGAGUUACACAAAGCGGCGCGCAAAAACUUCCCUCGUAGACGUACCAUCAUUAAAGGCUUCGAUGAUCUUUGGCAAGCAGAUCUAGCCGAAUUUAUACCUUACGCAAAAGAGAAUAAAGGCUACAAAUACAUAUUAGUAGUUAUCGAUUGUUUUUCAAAAUAUCUAUGGACGCGAGGGUUGAAGACUAAAACGGGUGAGGAGGUGACAAAAGCCGUACAGGCUAUUUUCAAAUCUACGAGACGCAGACCGAAAAAUCUACAGACCGAUGCAGGGAAGGAAUUCUAUAACAAAUCAUUCGCCAAAUUAAUGAUGCAAGAACGCAUUAAUCACUAUUCCACGUACAGUACGAAAAAGGCCGCACUGGCCGAGAGGGUUAUAAGAAGUAUAAAAAACCCCUUGUACCGGCAGUUUAGUUUACGCGGAAAAUAUGUAUGGAUAGAUGCAAUCGAAUCGAUCACGAGCGAGUACAAUAAUCGUAAACAUCGAACAACGGGGAUGAAACCGAUCGAAGUGAAGGCCGAUACAAAGCUGGACGCCUACAACCACAUCAAGCUCUUCAACAAUAAGAAAUGCCGUUUUAAUGUCGGCGAUGUAGUUCGAAUUAGCAAAUUUAAAUCCAUAUUUGCGAAGGGCUACACCCCCAAUUGGUCCAGUGAGCUGUUCAAAAUUAUAAAAGUACAAAUAACAAAUCCGGUCACGUAUUUGUUGGAAGACAUGAAGGCUAAACCGAUUUUAGGUGGAUUUUACGAACAUGAGUUGCAGAAGGCCAAGUAUUCGGACGUAUACUUGGUUGAAAAAGUCCUGCGUCGCAAGAAAGACAAAGUGUACGUGAAAUGGUUGGGUCUGGACGAGAAAUCGUGGAUUGAUAAAAAUAAUGUUGUUCUAUAAGGUUAUGAUGUGUCGAUUUGAAUAAAUAAAUAACUAAAAACUUAAAUAUUUACUUUUUAUUAUUGUAAUUCACCAUACAACAUAUUUCCUAGUGUCUCUUUUUCUCGAUGUCAUCUAUUCCACCACCCUCCUUUUUUAUCGAGAUAUUUUUCAAUUGUUGUUAGAAGUGAUUAUUGAAAUAUGUCGAACAAUAUCAGAUUCCAUUUUCCAUCAUAUCUACCCAUAACACGGUGCUGCGACAAAUUCCAAGAGUGGCAGGAAAUUCGUUAUCGUAUCUUACAUAGAUAAUCGUUUGUCCCAGACACUCACACCCCACACUUCUUGUUAGGGGUUAUGCAAAAUUGACGAAAUGCGAUAUACAGAUACUACGUCAAUGAUGCACAGAAGUCAUGAGAUCUCACGGAUUAAAGCUCAUUUAAAGUUCAUCUUCCCAGUACAUUAAUGAAUAUUAUCAUUGUUAAACUGAGGUGAAUGGUCUCUGCCGUCUUCUGGGAAUCUUCAAUGUUGCAGGUGUUUCACGGGUAUCAUUUGGGACAAUGGUUGAUAUGUGUGUGUGAGAACGUCCUUGAUGUUAUUUUAGAAUCACUCUUUUGCUAACUCCAACAAAAACCUCCACAUAUAUACCUAGGGGUAGACAUUUUGCGGCACAAGUGUUAAUCUGCACGUUAUCGUCAUGUCUUCAACCAAAC